GCGGAGUGAGUCCCGGUGGGUGCAGCAGCUGAAGGUCGAGUCCCCGCGGGCUGUGUGUGUGUGUGUGUGUGUGUGUGUGUGUGUGUGUGUGUGUGGAGGUUAAAGCUGCCUGAGGAUGGAGAAGUUUUUAAUCUUAAACUAAAGGCGUGUUUGUUGGUGUGUUUGGUGCGCGGGAGCGUGUGGCUCGGAUGAGCGCUAAUCCCCUCAGUUAGCCGCGUUAGCCGCCGGGAGCUACACGGAGGAGCGCCGCGCUGAAACACGGUUUGUGAAGCUGCAAGAAUCAUGGGAGCUGUGUUCCUGUCAGCAGACGCGGCACACAGCGUGCUAAGGAGGGUCCCGAGGGCCAACUUCUUCCUGGAGGAAAUGAAGCAGGGAAACAUUCAGCGCGAGUGCAGGGAGGAGAUCUGUAACUACGAGGAAGCUCGUGAGGCUUUCGAGAACGACGAGAAAACGCGGCGAUUCUGGGAGGAGUACCAGCGCGAGAGCAGCCCCAAACCCGGAGGACUUCAGUCCAUAGUGGGCGGAGUCAACAUGCUGUACCUAGUCCUGCCCCUGCUGCUGUUGCUGCUGCUCAUCGCUGUCGUCUCGUUCACCGUGUGGAGGUGCCACUCGCGCAAAAGGUCUCAGCGCAGCCCUGCCAUCGGCCAGAGAGACUCCGCCCUCGCCGUCGUUUCCAUGGACCAGUGGGGGCAAAGCUACCAUCCAGACCCCGCCUAUUCGGGUGAUGACAUCACACCCGGGCAGGUCAGCGUCGCGGAUCCCCCUCCAUCUUACGAGGAAGCUGUGGGCCACAUGGAUGUGCACGUGGAGGCCGAGCCUCCACCCCAGUAUGAUGACAUCAUCAGAGGGUCUGCGAGCAAUGCCGUGAUUGGACAGGCCAAGUGAAGCACUUUCCAAUCACAACGCAGCCUCACUCCUGAGGUUUACUCCACGCCAGUCGCUGCUUCUCUUAGUGCUGCGUGCAACUCUCCAAGAUGAAACAAUGCAAAUAAAGCAGAUGUUUUAAUACAUCGAAUACCAGCAAAGACCAGAAAUAAGAAGUGAUCACGUUCUGUUAGUGAAGGAAAAACACAAUGGAUUUGUUUUCCAAAUGCAAAAAUAUAAGUAGAAUCAGUUUUUUUUCCUCUCGGUACAUCAAUCCAGAGUAUAAGAUGAAACUUCUUACAAUCUGCUCACAGAAAAUUGCAACAGGCAUUUUUAUUUAGUUUAUAUUUUGCCAUGGUUACCAAAUUCCAAAAUUAGCAACUUUUAUGCUAAUUUUUUUUAUUUAGUGAUUAAGAAUCUUACACAAACCUUUUAAAUCCGUUUGAGUGAGUUGUUAAAAGAAAAACGUCAAAAAUGUAUUUAGUGCAAAUACAUUCUGCUCGUACGAAAAUUUUACGAUAACUACUGGAGUAUCACGAUUACCGUUAUAAAGAAAUGUCCGUAAACGGGUGGAAAUUGCAUCUUAUAGUCCAGGAGGUGAUGUAUUAAAUCUGAACGUGUCCCAACCAGCACAGGAAAUCGUAACGAGCAAAACAAAAUGAUUUUACGUAUCAAGAAUGAGAACAUUUCAUGUGUCAGGAAGGUAAGACGUAUAAAUCCAGUGGCUUGGCCAGUGCUGCUGCUGCUGCGAGUCAUCCGAGCGAACCGCCUCGCCUCGCCUCGCUGUCCUUCCUCAUCAGGUUUCACUGCCGCUGGGCCUGAAACCCUGAAAUUGAGCCAAACCUCAGCUCUCAGGUGAAACAGCCUGAGUCAUAGGAUGGAGAAAAGCCAAGGAAGCACGCUUCUUUCUUUUUCUUUCUUUCUUUUUUUUAAACACCUUAACCAUCCACUGUUCCUGCUCAUUACAUAGUGCAACAGUAGCACCCUGAUCCAAUAGUGUGUGCUCCAGGAAACGAGUGUGUGAGAGUAGAGUAAGCACUAAUCCACGCACUGCUGUAGCCAGACUAGCAGAAUGACUAGCAUUCAUCUCCAUUCGCACCAGCAAGCAACGGAUGGUUCGUCUGCUGUGGACGUGCACGACUGUGAAAUUAAAAUUCGACCACAUUUUAUGCAAAUAAGCCACAACACGGCUGAGUGAUGAUGUUGAAGUAUUGUGUUUGGUACAUUUUCAGGCCGAUCUGAUCUCCGUUCAGCUCAAUUUACAGAAAAGAAAAAUGUUACCGCCGUUUCUGUAGCGGUGGGCGGAAUGGAGGGAAUAAAGCACUACGUGUCGUGCUGUUCUAGGAAAAUAAUCAACUACUUUAUUUUUAUUUUUUAUAAUAACACAGACAUGUUUAUCGCUCUCACAACACAGCAGUUUGGCUUACACACGAUUACACUUUUUCAUGCCAUGCUUUUUAUCCAUUUAUAGUUAGUUUUAUGUGAUAUUAGUAUCGCAUUGAAAAAAGAAAAUUAAGAUCAGUUUUUCUUUUUUUUUAAUUGUUGCGAUAAGAUUUUAACAACUUUAUUAUAGAUUUUUUUUUCAGUAACCAGCUGCGUUUGUGAGGGAUUUUUUUUUCUCGCUUGAAGUUAAUGAGAUUCUGUUUAAAGGAAUGAAUGUUUAUAGCUGCUGCAGUGUAAAAGAGGAAAGAACAGGAACAAGAACUAACUUGUUUCAUAAUAUUUAAAUGCAAAUGGUUUGUUUUUUUAAGAAAUAAAAACAGUAAUUGUUACUUGCUGUGGUAUAAGAGGAAUAAAACAGUUGAGGACGUGCUGUUAGAGGAACAUAAUCACGUCCUCUUCAUCACGCCAGGCGCAUCAUAUGAUUGAUUGAUUGAUUGAUUUGAUUUUCUGUAACAGCAUGACAUGAGGUGAUUUAUUCCUCUUAUACCACCUCUUAUUCAUCUGAUUUUUUUUUUCUUGUUUUUGUUUGUUUGUUUGACUCCCUGCCCUGAUGCACUGACGUAAAUCACACUGUUACAGAGGAAAGAAAUUAUUUAGAGUUUUAAUUUAGCAAGAAAGUGCCAUUUGUUGUGGCUGUGAGUCAUGCAAAUUAAAUAAAUUUAGAUAAAAUAUUCAGCCAGCUGAAAGGCAGCGUUCAGACAACUGUCGUUUAAGAUGGACAGAUUUAAAGACUGUAACGUGUCCUCGAUGAAAGUUUUGCAAAACAGAUUAUAAUUUAUAUUUAUUCUAUCAACAUUCACUGGAUAUGAGCAAUCGUGCGCUCUGAUUGGCUACUCUACGACUAGGAUAUCAGCUCAUAUAAGGUGAGUAGAGAAAAACAAAAUUGCUGAACCAGCCGAGGACGAAAUAAAAACUACUCGAAAACAAAACCCCAAAAAAUAAUUAAAAAAAGCAACAAAAUACGGAAUAAAAGUAUUUGAUGGUAAGAAUUAUUAUUGCAUUUUUCACAAAUUGCUCCUGUCAUUUCACCGGUUUGUUUACAUUCUAAGCAGAAAUUAUUUUGUCGGAUGUUUUGUUCUUAUUUAUUGAAUUUGCCAAAAAUAAAAAUGCUCCGUGGCGGCACGGUGGUGUAGUGGUUAGCGCUGUCGCCUCACAGCAAGAAGGUCCGGGUUCGAGCCCCGUGGCCGGCGAGGGCCUUUCUGUGCGGAGUUUGCAUGUUC